CCGGUCACAUCACUGUGCCAUUUGACACCGAACAUUUUGCUGUGUGGCACUGAGAAUGGGCAAAUUUUGGGUUACUCAUGGAAGAGCAUAGUGCGUGUGGGCUCUCAAGGGUCACACGGGAGCGGCGGCACGUCUCAAUCGGGCGUGGCUGAGGUCGACCUGAAGCCGGAGUUUGCGUUUACAGUGCCCGGCGGGGAUGCGCUCUCCAGUGGUGGUGAUGUGUUGAUGGGGGGCAAUGGCGCUGGUGAAGUGAAUACGAUAGUGAAGCUGCGGGAUGGAGACGAGAAGGCUAAAGUGGCGUACGCGGGUGCGAUGGAUUUCGGCAUAAGGGUGGUGGAUGCCGAGCGAUUUGAUAAGGUACGUGGUUGGGGUUGUUGGUUGGGAGUGCAGAGGAGGGGCAUUUUGUGGGAGCAUUUGUAG